AAGCGUGCCGAUCUCCAUUUUUGCGGCUUCCUCUCCUCUCGCCAAUCUCAAAAACUACUCUUCUUCUUCUUCAUCAUCUUCUUCUUCUUCGUAGUUUCUCUCACUAAGCCCUGUUUCUUCUCUAGUGUCAAAUCGUAAUCGCUCACAAAUUCCCGUCUUUUUAGCCACUGCAAAUUCGGUUCCGCAUCGCUGUCCCCGGGCGGUCUCGGGCUCCGGAUCCGGGUCCGGCGCGGUGGGCACCGGCUCGCCGUGUGUGGAACCGAUGCGGUUCGCGUCGGGUUCGAUGGGCGGGGUUCGGUUUGCCGCGGAUUCCGGCUCCGGCGGGCGUUUCUUGGUGUGCGGGCUUGGGGAUGCUUGAAUUUCGGCUUCGAGGGUUCUUGGGUUUUUGAUUUGAAUUUGGGGGGGUUUUUGGAAUCAGAGCUUCUGGCGGUGGAGUUUCGGGGGGAGGGUUUUCUUGGGUUGAUUUGGGAGGGGCAGGGGAAGCAGCCAUGUUCUAUGGUGCGGUGGUGUGGGAUCCUUGGCUCAUCGUUGCCCAGAUCGUGUGUCUUCAGUGCUUGUAUUACCUCACGCUGGGUUUGUUCCUGUCGCUCCUCGUCGGGACGCGUGUCUCGCGCAUGAGCCUCGUCUACUUCUUCGACUUUGCGGCCGUGACCACGGCCACGGUGACCGGGUGGUCCGUCAUCGCCUCGUUCGUGCUCGCUGCAAUUGCAGGAGCUGGAUAUAUGUUUUAUCUAAUUGAGAGGGCAAAGAGAUGCCUGGACUUUUCUGCCACUUUAUUUAUCAUUCAUCUCCUUAUAUGCAUCAUAUAUGGAGGUUGGCCUUCCUCAAUAACAUGGUGGGUCAUUAAUGGCACUGGACUUGCAGUGAUGGAUCUACUAGGUGAAUAUUUGUUCAUCAAACGUGAACAGCGGGAAAUUCCCAUUGCAUGGCAUCGUCCAAAUGUUUGACCAACUGGAGAAACGAUACCAGCAAAAACAAGUUUCAUCGGAGUAUAUGGGCGAUUCCUUUGGAUGAUGUUCUGAAUGCUAUCCUAUAUACCUAAUGAGGAUAGGUUAGAUUGUGCAUGAUGGUUAUAGACUGAAGUGACGACAACAAUGAGCACGCUGGGGUCGGAAUUGUGCUUGUGGGAUAAGGUCAAGCUGAUGAAUAGGAUGGUUUUGGAUUUUUUUAAUAUGCAAUUAGGUGGCUUUGAGAAAUCGAUGCCAAUUGUACUUCUGGCAGUCGAUUAGUGAGGAUGAAAUGUCCAGUCUUAGAGUCCAUAUCUUUCAAAUGAAAUUUUCAUAAUUUUCUGCAACUCAAGCAUGUCAACGUUUGGUUUGGAGAGUGCUGUCUGAGUAAAUCGUGCGUUGACUGGCGUAGAAUAUCGAGAACAAGCUUGUGUCAAUAAAAGGUUGAGCUUCAUUUA